UAGUGCGCGACUGAUCGUAGCCUUAAUAAUUUCUGGACUGACCGUAGCCUUAAGACCGAUGAAAGUGGUUCACCUUGAACCGAAGGUGACGCGGCAGUCGGCCGGCAACCGUCGAAUGUAUCCGUCUGUUGAGUUUGAUCUGUAAGAUUAUUUUUGUUGUAAAGUUGAGUAAAGUGAGUCCCCGAAACCGUGUGUUACUACUGCCCACUUCCCACGUAUAUUGGAGUUCUGCACUUCAUUUUGGCGCACAACGUGAGGGCUGUAGUGUUUUGGGGAAUUUGCCAGUGAAGGAUAAAUCAUUUUGAGUUUUGCAAAGCGUGGUCGGCCAUUGAGAACGAAAUCGAAAGUGUCUGAUCGCUGCUGCCAUCUGACGACUAGGAAAAGCAGUGGAAAACAAAUGGCUGAUGUUUGAUCAGCUGAUGUAUGACAGCCGCUUUGAACUAAACAAACGACAAGUUGUUUUGGACAUAGGAGUUUUGAAAUAAGCGAAGAGUUGGGCACUGUUAGCAGAGAGAUCCAGGUGCUUAGGAGGUGAGCUGGAAGUUUGGGAGAAGCAGAGUUGGAGCGGAAAGAAGAAGAAAAAGUUAUGGUCCAGGUAUCAUAGAGAAAAAAAAAAAAACUAUAGUGCAAGGCAAGAUGCUCAGGGAGAAAAUAACAGAAAUGAUCAGGAUAGGGCUAUCAGAUUUAUAGAUGUGGGAGAGGAUUUAUUGAGUGAAAUUGAGGAUGGUGGAGAUGGUGAUGAAGGACACCAGAUGAUUUCCUCAACUGUGAAAGGUAAUGUUUAUGGUGAAGAAGUAAACAUAUUACUAGACUCAGGUAGUCAAUGUUGUGCGAUAUCUGAUGAAUUUUACAAGAAAAUAAAUUCUGAUGAAAAUGGGAUAUUGGUAUUGCCGGUGGUAAAUUUCUCAGUUACGGGGGCAGUUGGUAAAAAGCAACAGCGAAUUAAGCAGCAGGUUUUAGUGAAAAUCGAAAUUGGGGGGUGUGUGUUUGAAAUCCCUUGCAUAGUGGUGCCACAUUUGAACCGUUCGGUUAUUUUAGGAAGCGAUUGGUUUUUAAAGGAACAUGUCAAACUUGAUUAUGAUGAUUUAGUUUUAGCUGUUGAUGAAAAAAGUUUAAGGGUGAGAAUUCAGUUGGAAAGAAGGGAUGAGGCUCAGUUAUCGAUCAAUUUUCUACAAGAAGGACAAAUGAAGGAUAGGAAUAGACAUCGUUAUACAGAUUUCGAGAUAAAAGAAGUGGUUACUAAGGCGGAAUCGUUUGAUGAAAGGGAAAAAGUGGAAUUAUUGAAACUAGUUAAGGAUUUUAAGGGUAUAGCUGUAGAUCAAGUAAAAUCUGACUGGAUUUCGAGAAUUGUGAAACAACUGGAGAAAGACGCUAAUAAGGGAAACAUUACUGAUGUAGGAAAGUGGUAUGUUGUUUAUAAGGGGGUACUUUUCAAACGAGAGUCUCGCGGGUUCCCCGGAUAUAAAUUAUGUAUUCCGAAGGAAUACGUUAUUUCACUAAUACAGCAACAACAUGCUGAUUUAGGGCAUUUUGGAUACAAGAAAAUCUUACACCAUAUGAGGGAACUUUUCUUUUGGCCUAAAAUGGCCAAAAAUAUCCGACAAGUCGUUACUAGUUGUGAGCUCUGUCAGAAAACUAAAAUUUCAAAGGGGUUACAAGGCACUUAUAAUGCCAUUUUACCUGAAAAACCGGGACAGUUGCUCACGGUGGAUUUAAUGGGUCCUCUGCCACCGUCGCGAGGAGGCGCUACACAGCUAUUUGUGGUGGUAGAUAAUUUUACCAAGUUUACGAAACUUUAUGCUCUUCGUAGAGCUACGGCGCGAAGUAUUGUUAACAAGCUGGAGCGAUAUUUUUCUGAGAUCCUAACUCCAGAAGCGGUGUUAUCAGACAAUGGAACCCAAUUCCAUUCAGCGGUCUAUAUAAAAUGUUUGGCGGAAAAGGGUGUAAAAUCCAUUUACACUUCCGUUUAUUUCCCAUCGGGUAAUCCCACAGAGCGCAUGAAUAGAGAGAUUGGCCGUCUGCUUAGGUGUUUCUGUUCUACCAAACAUACCAAAUGGGCUUGUGUUCUACCACGUAUUGAACACUGCCUAAAUAAUAUUGUCCACGAAAGUACCGGACAAGUUCCUGCGAUGUUGAUGUUUGGAAAAUCAGAGCCUAAUGAUAUUUUUAAACUGAUUGAUUAUCCUCCUGGUAAUCCCCCCACUCCGGAUUGGACCUCAUCACUCCAAUUAGCUUCCAACAAUUUACGGUCCAAGGCUAGAAAACGCAAAGAGAUGUUUGAAAACAAGAAUAAAGCUGUCACUUUUACUGUCGGGGAUUCCGUUUUAGUGAAGACUCACCCAAUUUCCUCCGCUGCCAAUGCGGAAAUCCGAAAGUUAUUUGUGAGGUUUGAUGGGCCAUAUGUGGUGUCGCGCAUAGUUGGACCCAAUUCUUAUAUGUUAAAGAAUAUAGAAGGUGUCAAUGUAGGCCCUCAGAACAUUAGAAACUUAAAAUUGUAUAAGCGCUGCCCUACCCCUGACCAAUUGUAAAUUAGGUUUAGUUUAAUUAGGUUAGUGUUUGGUAUUAUAUCUUCUGGAAUGUAAUCCCUCAGAUAUAAUAGGGGGGUGAUGUAGUGCGCGACUGAUCGUAGCCUUAAUAAUUUCUGGACUGACCGUAGCCUUAAGACCGAUGAAAGUGGUUCACCUUGAACCGAAGGUGACGCGGCAGUCGGCCGGCAACCGUCGAAUGUAUCCGUCUGUUGAGUUUGAUCUGUAAGAUUAUUUUUGUUGUAAAGUUGAGUAAAGUGAGUCCCCGAAACCGUGUGUUACUACUGCCCACUUCCCACG